GUCCAGUAUUCGCGGCAUGGAGGUCCCCCCACAGCAACUCCAUUCCUCGGUUCAUUCCGCCGGCAAUACCAUAACAGAGCGACCUCCUCGCCCAAACUCCUCGACUGUCUGAGAUCCUGUCUCCCGACAGUCACUCCUUUACUUCUUCAAAAUGGCAAAGUUAUAUUUGCUGCUGGCAGUUAGCCAGCUUACAUUCGUUUACGGCUUUCCAGCAAGGGACAUCAAGCGACAACCAGACGUGCUCGACGAACGUGCUAUAACGAUAUCCACGGACCUUGAGGCCACGACCAGUUACAGUACGGCGAUCCAGACGCUACAAACCGCGACCUUAACAACCCGCCCAUCGCUCGAAGGGACUAUCCAGACUGCACUUCCUACAGGUGGAGGGAUCACGAAAGAUCCGGCCGAUCUACCUGGUGUCACCAAGACAGUCGAUCCUCUGUGCCCUGAAGAGACACCUCUCGAACCAGGACCCACAGCGCCGGUCGGACCACCUUCGCAAAACAUUUUCGUGCCUUUGCUAUUAGCCACGCAAGUCCCUGCACCAUCAAUACCGUUCCGGGGUGAUCAUCCUGUUCAGAAGCAGAACAUUGUCGAUGGCAACACGCCCCUCCAGACAAACAAAUUCUACGCGAACUUCUUUCUUGGUACCCGGAAAGAAUCAGUAUGGGCUCAUCCCUACUCCCUGUCCUGGGCUCAGGGCCGGGGCGGCACGUACGGCAUGGCAAUUAGCCACACUGAGCGCAGUCAGUUCUCCUUCGGCCCUGAUGCGAACAAACCACAGUACUUCAUUUCGCCCAUCGGAAUUCAGCACAUGGCACUCUCAGCGACUGAAUUGAGGGAGGGAACAGUCAUGACUGUCGAAAGCCUGAAAGCAUUCUCUGCUUUUGCCAAUUUUGCCCCAUCUGCUGGCUCCCGAGUCAUGAUGUCUGUGCCUGUGGUUCAAGGCAUGGGCUUCAUCACAGCUGUCUACGAUAACGCUCAACCCAUACUCAGCAGCGGCGUCUUCUUCCGCAGCGUCAAAUACGCUGGGUCGGCUAAUGGCGCUAAUAUCACCUUCAAGUACAACACUCAGCUUGAGGAUAACUCUCAAUGGCUCAUAUAUGUCACACCGCUUCGCGCCGACGGUGUCCCUCCCAUGGUAUUGGCAGGAAGCGGCACCAUCCGUGGCCCGGAGGCGUUCACUGGUCUGGUACAAGUUACCAAGAACCCUGGCGGCCAGGAAGGCGAGCGCUACUUCGACGGUAGUGCAGGUGCAUACGCGACCGAGGCGACAAUCUCUGGCUCGGUCAAUGGUCCAUCAGGAAGCUACACAUUGUCAUGGACCAAGGGUGGUGUGCUCGAUCGGCCUCUGAUUAUGUACGCGUUACCACAUCACGUCGAGUCGUUCGAUCCAGAGACGCGAGGUGCUAUGACUGGCAUCCAGCUAGUUACGACUACGAAGGGCGUGGCUACCGCCGUUCAAGCUGACAGGAUUACUAUGAUCGAACCAGACCUUCCCACCAAUAUUGGUUUUGCACCCUGGGCUAAGGCUGCCAAUGGUGCUCAGGGCGGUACGGAGAACGUAAAUCUGGCUGCCUCGGCGCUCCAGCUCGUCAAUGCUGCUGGAACUACCGAACUAAGACAGGACUUCAUCUCGCAGACCAGUUUGAACAGCAUGUACUACUCCGGCAAGGGACUCGCCAAGUUCGCUGGCGUUAUCUACACCAUGCAGACCAUGGCUGGAAACAGCAACCUCGCCGCAGCUGGUCUUGAGAAACUGAAGGAUGCGUUCAACGUCUUUGUCAACAACACCCAGCCCGAACCGCUCGUGUACGACACUGUCUGGAAGGGCGUUGUAUCUGGAGCGUCCUACAGAUCGCCCACCAGGGACCUGGGCUUGGAUUUUGGAAACACUGCGUACAACGACCAUCAUUUUCACUAUGGCUACUUCGUCUAUACCGCCGCAGUAAUCGGCCAUCUGGAUCCGGCUUGGCUCGAUCAGGGUACUAACAGGCAGUGGGUCAACACGCUUGUUCGCGACUACGCCAACUCAGUAACAGACAAUUACUUUCCCUUCUCGCGUUCCUUCGACUGGUUCCACACCCAUUCCUGGGCCAAGGGUCUGUUCGAGUCUGGCGACGGCAAGGAUCAAGAAUCCACAUCAGAAGACGCCUUCGCAACCUUCGCACUCAAGAUGUGGGGUAAGAUCUCCGGAGACGCCAACAUGGAAGCUCGCGGCAAUCUACAACUCGCCGUGCAAGCCCGCAGCCUCCGCAAUUACUUCUUGCUGAAGUCGGACAACAAGAACCAACCUCCGCAGUUCCUGUUCAACAAGGUGACCGGUAUCCUCUUCGAGAACAAGUGCGACCACGUAACGUACUUCGGCAGCAAUAUCGAGUACAUCCAGGGUAUACAGAUUUUGCCAGUGAACCCCAGCUCGGCAUACACCCGCCCUAAGGACUUUGUGACAGAAGAGUGGAAUACGUUUUUCAGCAAUGGCCGUGUUGACCAAGUCGCUGGAAGCUGGCGAGGGAUCCUGUAUGCUAAUCUGGCGCUUAUCGAUCCUGAGACGAGCUACAACUACUUUGCUGAUCCAAACUUCGACUAUGGCUCGCUUGAUGGAGGUGCGAGUCGUACCUGGUACCUCGCAUACUCGGCGUCCAUGCUGAACAUUGAAGCAGCAAAGGCGGAACCAGAUACAACUCUGCAAUAUCCUCCGCAACAGCAGGAGUCGCAGCAGCAGCCUCAGCCACAGCUAUCCCAGCAGGCUGAGCCUACUGGAGACCUCCCGGCUACCCCACAGCCGACCCAGGAAGCACCUCAACCAGAAGUGCCGCAGCAACCUCCCCAGCAGCAACCUCCCGAACAGCAACCUCCACAACAAGAACAGGCACCUGAAGACCUCCCGGCUGCGCAGACACCUCCCGCACAAGAGCAAUCCGCCAACGGCCCCUACUCAGGCGGCCCCUCAUUCGACUAGGCAGACUACACGCCCUCCAACUGGCGCAGCUACUUCAACGCCUAUCGUUAAAAAGCUCUGUAUGGCGAUGAUCGUCCACGGCGUGGGAGCUCUUAGGACAGUCCGUACAAUAGCCCCUACAACCGCGCGGUAGACGGGGAUGCUGACGGAGAGGCC